UUCUGUUGGAGAAAAACUCUAUGUAAUGACAUGGAAAGAACCAAUGAUUCCACAUUGACAGGAUUUAUACUGGUUGGGCUUUCUGACCAUCCAGAACUCAAGACAGCUUUCUUUGUGCUAGUUUUGUGGAUGUUCCUGAUGAUCCUGCUUGGAAACGGAGUACUCAUCUCAGUGAUCCUCUAUGACUUUCAUCUGCACACCCCCAUGUAUGUCUUCCUCUGCAAUCUUUCCAUCCUGGACAUUUGUUAUACAAGCUCCUCUGUCCCACUAGUCCUUGAAACAUUUCUGAGAGCAAAGAAGAAAGUUUCAUUCUCUGGGUGUAUGGUACAAAUGUUCCUUUCCUUUGCCACAGGUGUCACAGAGUGUGUGCUUUUAGGCAUGAUGGCACUUGACCGCUAUGUGGCCAUCUGCUUUCCACUGAGAUACUCUGGCAUCAUGACCAAAGAUGUCUAUGUGCCCAUGGCAGCUGUACCUUGGGUCAUUGGGCUUGUUGACUCAGUGAUACAGACAUCUCUUGCAAUGCAAUUAUCAUUCUGUAGCAAUAAUGUCAUUCACCACCUUGCCUGUGAAAUUCUGGCUGUCCUGAAGCUGGCCUGUGCUGAUAUUUCAAUCAAUGUAAUCAGCAUGGCAGCAUCAAACCUGAUUGCUCUAGUUAUUCCCCUGCUAAUAAUUUCCAUUUCUUAUUUAUGUAUUGUUGUUACCAUCAUAAGAAUUCCUUCCACUGAAGGAAAACGUAAGGCCUCCUCCACCUGCUCAGCCCACCUCACGGUGGUGAUUAUAUUCUAUGGGACCCUCUUCUUCAAGUAUGCAAAGCCCAAGUCUAAAACCACUGCUGAGGCAGAUAAUCAAGACAUCCUGCAGGCUCUCAUUUCCCUCUUUUAUGGAGUGGUGAUCCCCUUGCUCAAUCCUCUCAUCUAUAGUCUGAGGAACAAGGAUGUAAAGUCUGCUAUUAAGAAUAUGCUGGGGAGGAGAGAAUUUUCUGAUGAAAUAUGA